UGUUCCGCCUGGCUCUACUAGUCCCUCUGCUCAUCUAGCUCUAUGCGUUCUCCGUGGGUCCUCCAUUGUCAUGGGCUUCAGUUAUACCAUCCCUAAGCUGAUAAGUACCAGACCUUUUUUUUUUUGUAGGUCAGUUCUCUUCAGGGCAGACUUGUUUGUACUACUCCCUACUAAAAAUCUCAGGCACCUUGGAAUCAACAUACCGAAAAUGGAGUGGAAUGAACCCUAUUUGUUGACUAUCUCCUGAUUACUGGUUGGAUUCACUUGUAAAAGAAUCGUCUUCCCCUGUGUGGACGCCACUUAGUGGCAUAUUUAAUUAUAAAUCCAGGGAUCACAACGCUUUUUGAUUUCCCAAAGGAGGGACAUACCACUAUAUCAAAGAAGCUUGAUACUACAGCCAAAAUGGUGCUGUCCCAGAGACAACGAGAUGAACUAAAUCGAGCUAUAGCAGAUUAUCUUCGUUCAAAUGGCUAUGAAGAGGCAUAUUCAGUUUUUAAAAAGGAAGCUGAAUUAGAUAUGAAUGAAGAAUUAGAUAAGAAAUAUGCUGGUCUUUUGGAAAAAAAGUGGACAUCCGUCAUUAGAUUACAAAAGAAGGUUAUGGAACUAGAAUCAAAACUAAAUGAAGCAAAAGAAGAAUUUACGUCGGGUGGACCGCUUGGUCAGAAACGAGACCCAAAAGAAUGGAUUCCCCGUCCACCAGAAAAAUACGCAUUGAGUGGUCAUAGGAGUCCAGUCACUCGAGUAAUUUUCCAUCCUGUGUUCAGUGUUAUGGUCUCUGCUUCAGAGGAUGCUACAAUUAAGGUGUGGGAUUAUGAGACUGGAGAUUUUGAGCGAACCCUUAAGGGGCAUACAGACUCUGUACAGGAUAUUUCGUUUGACCACAGUGGCAAGCUUCUGGCUUCCUGUUCUGCAGAUAUGACCAUUAAACUAUGGGAUUUUCAGGGCUUUGAAUGCAUCAGAACCAUGCACGGCCAUGACCACAAUGUCUCUUCAGUAGCCAUCAUGCCCAAUGGAGAUCAUAUAGUGUCUGCCUCAAGGGAUAAAACUAUAAAAAUGUGGGAGGUGCAAACUGGCUACUGUGUGAAGACAUUCACAGGACACAGAGAAUGGGUACGUAUGGUGCGGCCAAAUCAGGAUGGCACUCUGAUAGCCAGCUGUUCAAAUGAUCAGACCGUGCGCGUAUGGGUCGUAGCAACAAAGGAAUGCAAGGCUGAGCUUCGAGAACAUGAGCAUGUGGUAGAAUGUAUUUCCUGGGCUCCAGAAAGCUCAUAUUCUUCCAUCUCUGAAGCAACAGGAUCUGAGACUAAAAAAAGCGGCAAGCCUGGGCCAUUCUUACUGUCUGGAUCCAGAGACAAGACUAUUAAGAUGUGGGACGUCAGUACUGGCAUGUGCCUUAUGACCCUAGUGGGUCAUGAUAACUGGGUACGUGGAGUUCUGUUCCAUUCUGGGGGAAAGUUUAUUUUGAGUUGUGCUGAUGACAAGACCCUCCGUGUGUGGGAUUACAAGAACAAGCGAUGCAUGAAGACCCUCAAUGCGCAUGAACACUUUGUUACCUCCUUGGAUUUCCAUAAGACGGCACCAUAUGUGGUUACUGGCAGUGUAGAUCAAACAGUAAAGGUGUGGGAGUGCCGUUGAUUGAGUCUCAUUUGGCCCCUCCUCCCAUUUUUCCUCUGGAUGCACUCUGAUGAUACCAUGGUUACCCCAUUGAGCUCUGUUUAAAUAAAUAUUGUCCUUUCAUGUAAAUUA